AUGCACCGAAACGAGAUGGGAGUCCUUUGGCUCGCGGCUUUGUUUCAAGCAUUUCGACGACAUCAGUCAUUUGGUCAACUUACGAUGGGUAGAGGCGAUGCAUUCAGCAGCACAUCGACUAUCGAGGAUCAUCAACACAGCACACCUGGUAGUGGCGACACGGAAGAAGCAUCGUCGCAUCGACUAUCGCACGAGACCCCACACACGACACUACAACCAGUAAGUGAUCCGCCAUGGCUGCAGCAAGAGUCAGACGAGAAGUUGCGAGGACGCAACAGCGAAAGAAAGCCCAAGUCGGCGUCCACAUUACGAAGAGAAGCACAAUUCGACCUCCUCACGCCUGCAGCGUCCUCAUUCAACCGCGCUACCGAUAGUUAA